UGAUCACCCUAGACCCAGGGACACCCAGCUCAUCGUGCAAGGGGGUAAUCAUCAUGAAUAAUCAAAAGGCUGUGGCCGCAUGGCUGCAGGAGUGCAAGCGAAUGCUGGACCGGCUCUCGUCAGCGGCGUCAGCUGUGUCAGAGGAGGAUGAGAAUGAGGACCAGCAGUGCAGAGCGUCACUCCCCAGCGAGUUAAGGACACUGAUCCAGGAGGCAAAGGAAAUGAAGUGGCCCUUCGUGCCUGAGAAGUGGCAGUACAAACAAGCCGUGGGCCCAGAGGACAAAACAAAUCUGCAGGACGUGAUUGGUGCUGGGCUGCAGCAGUUGCUGGUGUCCCUGAGGGCCUCCAUCCUCGCUGGGGACUGCGCCACGGCUGCAGCCAUUGUCUUCGUCACUGACCGGUUCCUGUACGGCCUCGACGCGUCAGGCCCGCUCCUGCAGGUGGCCAGAGGCCUGCAUCGGCUGCGGCCCUCGACGCCCAUCGCACCACAAGUGGUCAUUCGCCAGGCACGCAUCUCUGUGCACUCAGGAAAACUUUUAAAAGCAGAAUAUAUCCUGAGCAGUCUGAUAAGCAACGAUGGAGCCACAGGUACCUGGCUGUACAGAAAUGAAAGUGACAAGGUCCUGGUGCAGUCGGUGUGUAUACAGAUCCGAGGGCAAAUCCUGCAAAAGCUGGGGAUGUGGUAUGAAGCAGCUGAGUUAAUCUGGGCCUCCAUUAUUGGAUACUUAACACUUCCUCUGCCAGAUAAAAAGGGAAUCUCCACCUCACUGGGAAUACUGGCAGACAUCUUUGUUUCCAUGAGCAAGAAAGAUUAUGAGAAGUUUAAAAACAAUCCACAAAUAAACGUGGGUCUGCUGACGGAGUUGCACCACCAUUUGCUAUCAGCCGCGGAAGCCUGCAAGCUGGCAGCUGCUUUCAGCCCCUACACGCCCCUCUUCGUGCUCUCAGCUAUGAAUAUCCGUGGCACGUGCUUGCUGUCCUACAGUAGUUCUAAUGACUGUCCCCCAGGAAUGAAGACUUCCUACCUGUGUGAAGCCAAAGAGGCCUUUGAGAUCGGCCUCCUCACCAAGCGACAAGAUGAGCCGGUGACUGGCAAGCAGGAGCUCCACAGUUUCCUCAAAGCUGCGUUCGGUCUCGCGACGGUGCACCGGCGGCUUUCCGGGGAGCUGGAGCCGGUGGGGGUGGCCAGUCGGCUCUGCGGGGAAGCGGUGGAAAAGCUGUACGCUUUCAGCACCUUCUCCGACAGCCAGGAGAAGGAAGCCCUCUCUCGGGAGAUCAUGUCUGUGGUCGGCCGCGUGAAGGAACACUUGCGAGUCCAGAGCUUCUCGAAUCUCGACGAGCAGUCUUAUGUGCCAGAGGGUUUCAAGUGUCAGCUGGAUAAACUCGUCUUGCGUGGGCAGGUGGACUUCCAAAAAGUCCUCCAGGCCUACUCCCAGCACCAUACUGCCGUGUGCGAAGAGUUCGAAAGGGCUUGUAGAAACGACAGAAAUAAACAGAGAGCUUCCAAAAUGGGCCUCUGUAUCACCGCUCUAAAGACGGAAACAAAAAACACAGAUACAGUGAGUACAACCGAGGACAAGCCACAUCUCCCGAAAGGCGAGGGGGGUUCUUCCUCCCAAAGGGGUGAGGGCGGCCAGGAGGAGCUCGGGAGGGCCAGUGGGAGAAGCCAGAGCCCUGCGCAGGCUUUCCGAGUGUCCUCAGGUCCAGCUGUGGAGGUGGAAGCUGGCUGCCAUGACCACAGUGACGGUGGGGGUGCUAUUGUGAGCACACCUCUGAGUGACAGCCAGAGCUCAGGGUCUUGGAGCAGGUUGUCCGGGCUCAGUGCUUCAACCAGCUGGGAGGACGUGAGCGACCAUGUGCAGGACCCAUCAGUCAGGAAAACGUCCUGCCCCAGGGAACAGCUGGUGGACACCCAGUGUUCCACCGCACUGUCUGAGGAGCUGCAGGACGAUGCUGAGAGUAGAGCUCCCCCGUCCAUGUGUUCAGAGCUGCAGUGGCUGUCUCUCCAGGUGUGUGAGGGUGCUAACACCACGUCCUCUUCGGGGCCCGUGCACUCCCACGUGGCCAGCAAUGGCCACACUCCUCGUAAUGCAGCAGGCACGUCCGUAGCCUCUGGGGCAGGGCUGGUAGCUGCAGCUCCAGAAGGCCAGCAGGAAGCGAGAGUUAGGGGACCCAUCAGCAGUCCUGCUCCUCCCAGACCUUCGUGUGGUUCUGCCUGUCGGUCUCCUGACUCCAUUUGGCCCAGCAACGUGACCACGUGGCCAUCACUCCAAGAAGAAACCUUUGAGAUCAUUGAUGAGCUUCCAGAAACCGACUGUGAUGCCACAGGUGGACAUGGAGAAGAGAAGAGAGACGAGAUUGAUAAGCGAGGCACCAGCCCCACAUUCGGAGACUCUCCCUGCUGGGUUGACCCAGAGGGAGAAACAGCAGAGAGCACCGUGGAUGUGCCCUUCGAGUCUCAAGUAGCCAUGGACACGUCUCUGGGCAGAAGUUCCUUGAGAGCAGGUGGCUCUGGUGCUCCUCGCUGGCCUGUUCAGAAUCCUGCCUUGGGAGAACGCAGCGUCUCCGCCAAAGACCAAGAAGUGGAUCCGGAUGCCCCCACAGUGGAUGAGGAGGGCCACGUGCUGGAUGACACAGAUGUCCACUCCACAGGUCCAUGCAAGGCUCAGUGGGCUCUCAGGCGACCACCGGGCCUGGGGCCUGCGACCCCUGGAUCCUUUCCUGCUGCCAGCGAGGAUUGCACGACCACAGAGGAAGGCAACGAGCCUGCAAACUUGUUCAACUGCAGCCAGAACUCCAGCUCGACCUCCUCGUCCUGGUGCCUAAAAUCUGCAUUUUCCAGCAGUUCUGAGGCAGACAACCCCUGGUCAUUUCUAUACUCCAGCAGCAGUUCUUCGGUCUCUCGGCCAGGAGCGGUGAGGCAGGAGACCCUGCAGGCACGUACCCUGCAGCCUGACGACUUCAACAAGCUCCUGGCAGGGGUGAAGCAUGAGUGGCUGUUCCAGAGACUGGAGAACACUGGUGUUUUUAAGCCCAGUCAGCUCCGUGGGGCACACCGUGCUCUUAUGUUAAAAUAUUCCAAGAAAUCUGAAUUAUGGACAGCCCAGGAAACUCUUGUGUAUUUGGGGGACUACCUGAAUGUAAAGAAGAAAGGCAGACAAAGAAAUGCAUUUUGGGUUCAUCAUCUUCAUCAGGAAGAAACUCUGGGGAGAUAUGUCGGGAAAGAAUAUAAGGAACAGAAGGGGCUGUGGAGCCACUUUGCCGAUGUAGAGCGUCAGAUGACCGCGCAACACUACGUGACAGAAUUUAACAAGAGACUUUAUGAACAAAAGAUUCCCACACAGAUUUUCUACAUCCCAUCCACCAUCUUACUGAUUUUGGAAGGCAAUACAAUAAAGGGAUGCAUCAGUGUGGAACCUUACAUACUUGGAGAAUUUGUAAAGUUAUCAAACAACACAAAAGUGGUGAAAACAGAAUACAAAGCCACCGAUUAUGGCUUGGCUUACGGUCAUUUUUCCUAUGAGUUCUCCAACCAUAAAGACGUUGUGGUCGAUUUACAAGGUUGGGUGACAGGAAACGGAAAAGGGCUCAUCUACCUCACAGAUCCCCAGAUCCACUCUGUGGAGCACAAAGAUGUCACUACCAAUUUUGGAAAGAGGGGGAUUUUUUACUUCUUCAAUCACCAGCAUGUGGAAUGCAAUGAAAUAUGCCGUCGUCUUUCUUUGACAAGACCUUCAGUUGAGAAGCUACAUUAAGUCCUAGUCUCUGUGGAGGUAACUCGUGCUAUUUGUGACGUCCGGUUCUCUUUCCUUCCAGGCACCCAGGACUUGGCACUACCUGGUCUCUUUGGGCUUAGAUGGUGCCAGGGGACUGGUUCUGGGGUCUCUGAGUCUCUCCCUCUGCUACAGGAACCCAGAAAGUGUCAAGGAACUAUUAGCUGCUACCAAUAUAAGCCCUGCAGCGAGGGGAACUGACCACAACAAACACAGAGCACAGCUGAAAAUAAAACUCUGGCUUAAGAGACUGACUGAUUAAGAGGUUGGAUACUAUUGGCGUUGCCUCUAUUGAAAUAAUUAACCUGGACAAAAAUGAUGGAUGACUAUUAAAACUAUUAGCAGAAUAGUUGACGGGGAAGUUUAUAAUGGAAGGGUCAGGCUGAAGCUACUUUGCUGGCUGGAAAGGUUUUGAAGAUGAUGUUUGUUCUGUGUAGUAUGGAUAUAGAUGUCCUCUGUCUGAACAUCUCGGUGGAAUCUAGGUGUAACGUGUAGGUUGGAGAGCUGAGUUCCUGGCAGGGGGUUACAAUGUGCAGCUUCGUGAUACAGAAUCACCUCUUCUUCAUACUUUAGUCACAGACCAGCUCUGGUGCCUUGGGGAGGAGUCUCCUGGCAGCUCCAGGAGAUGGGGGUCGCUCAGGGCAUCCUGGAACUGCAGUUGUCAUGGCCUGAACCGGGCUUUCUACCCCUCAGCACCUCUGGCAUUUGCUUUGUUCAUUUUGCUUUCACUAAGAAAAUGAAUGAGUGAAUGAAUAGUGAAAUGUUAGCGAUAUGUAUGUGUAUUUUAUAUGCUUGGUAAAUGCUUAUUAGCUAAGUCUUGCUUCAGCUGGCAGAACAAGUUGAGAAUUCAUGUUUUGGUUUCAGAAGCAAAGACUCUCUGAGCUCUUCAGGCUUCAGAAAACCCUGCUGCAAAAGGGGUGGGUGUGGGCAGGCAGUAGGUAGGUAGAAAGACAGUCAGAAGGAAAGAAAGAAAAAUAAUUCCAUAGUGCCACCUCCAAUUUGUUGGAGAAGAAAAAGUUUUUUUUUUUAUUUUUGUCUAAAACCGUUUCUAACCGCCUCCCAUUCUUUCUCGUAGCAAAGUGGAUAUUGGGAUAUUCCAUUAUCAUUUUUCUAAAUCAAACAGAGUUUCUAUUUUACUCUUUUGCACUCAGAGCUGUGUGAAAUGGCCAUAUUUAAAAAGCAACGUGUCCACUUGACAGAGCUCAUUUUGUCCCUUCAGACAUGAGAAACAUCAGGCCUUCGUUGCUGCCUGUUAGCCCGGCUAUUGUUUUGAAGGUGAUGUUUGUUCUGUGUGUUUGGGAUAUACAGAUGUCCUCUGUCUGAACAGCUCGCUAGAAAGUAGGUGUAAAGUAAGAAGCAAGAGGAAGUGAGGGGAAAGAGUAAAUCUCUUUAUUAUGGUGCAUAAACCUUCCGUGAGAAGGAGCUUUGCAGCUGCACAAGGAGAAAAAUGCAUUCAAAACGAUAAUGCCAGUGUGAAUAAUCCUUUCUCGAAUGCUGCUUGCAGCCUGCUCCAGCUUUGUCAGGUGAACUUGAACUGCACACUCUGGCUGUCACCCCCGGGCAUUCACCAUCUUGACUGUUGUUUAAAGAGAACAAGCCAUCCAUCAUUGAACCGGGGAGUCACUUUCUCAUAGAAAAGUAAAAUCAGCAUGUGACACUACUCAGCCCCAGUGUUUCGCAGAUUAAAAUGAUACAUGGCGACUCACGUGUAACUAGGAAGAUUAAGUCGGUUAUCUUGUUCCGCUCCCCAGACAAAAGAAUUCCCCUCCAGCAGUAAGUGGGAGCUUUACAGAAGCCGGAAAAGUUGGACUCAGCUAUCCCAGUGAAACAGAGAGUUUAACGAGACAAAAUGUUACUUUGCUUCCACACGCUGCGCCUUCCCUGCCGAAGAUGGCACCGAGAAGAACCCACCGGAAGGGGGAGCCCCUAAGUGACCCUAGUGAAGCACACGCUUCUUCUACUGCGCGGCGUGCCAAUUUUAUUACCGGAGAUGGACACGCAAUUUAUUGUCUGAAAGCCCCCACAAUUGAUUUAAAUAUGGGAAAAUAAAUGAACAGCCGCUGGCCCUGAGGCCUCAGCUUCCUACGACUUGGUCGCCAGUUGUACAGUAUCAAGUUAUUAACACUUGCCCCAUUGUGUGAUGCCUACAGUAAUAAAAUUUUAAAUGACUCAUAUAGAAACGAGCUCACAAUGGAAGGCUGGGACACAACCUUUAAUUCAGCAAGACAAGGCGAAUAUUUACCGUGUUACGGGAGACAGUGUUUUUUAGACCAUUGAGUAAAGGAGUUAUGCCUGUUUUUAAAGUAAAUUCCUAAAAGAAGACGAAAGUCAUUAUUGAAGGGUUUAUUUUAAUGUAAAUAAGCGCACUCAUUAAACUUAAUGGAAGAAAAUCCAUGUCUUUCUAAUUAAA